UUAUUUCAUAUCAUACCGUAAUCCCUCUGUUUAUACCACACGUAAUGACGACCGUGGGAGUAAAGUUACAUACAAAUACUUACUUUAAGGCUUAAGGAUACUCUUAAACAUGGUAUUAUUUAAGACCGGCCGUCGUAUCGGGGUCCAGUCGAGUUCUCUACAUUUCUGUUUGCUUGCUCAGACCUUAGCAGCGCUCAGUUCAUGUAAACACAACGCAGGUGAAGCCUCGUCCGCGCGUCGCGUGCAGCCGUAAUCAAAGCCAGAUUUAGACUUCAGUGAUGAUGUCACAGCCGGGAUGCCAGGCCAGGCCCACGUGCGACCAGCGGCGGGUUGGUUCCAGCCUCUGGGAGGGUCCACGGACUCCACGGUCUCCACAGGCUCCACGGCACAGGCGCAGUCCGACACGCAGCCGCGGAGCGAGAGCAAGCAGUCGCCUUCCAUCCAAAUAUCCGCCGGCGACUCUUAAGGACGCCGCCUCCUCUCAAGCACCGGCGCCGUUUUUCGUGUCACCUUGCGUCCUCCCCCCUCCUCCUCUUCUUCUUCUUCUUCUUCCUCCUCCUUCUCCUCCUCCUCCCCCCCUCGUCCCCUAAAAGAUGAUGAUUUGCGAGGAAGAUGCGCCGGUCUGAAACACCCGUUGACCUUCGUAUCCGCUCAGCAGCACCGACGCUUCGCGAGCCGCUACAUGAGGAGCGACUCGGCUCCUGUCGCUGCCUCUCUUAACCCUCACUGGAUACACAGGCAGAUGCCCCUCGCUCUGUCAUCCCGGGCUCGUACUAUGGUGGAGUUCCCAUCUCUCAGCCCUUACUGGCCUCUCAUCCGCUUUCUGGUGCCUUUGGCGAUCACCAAUGUUGCCAUCGACCUCGGGGAACAGGCCCUCAACAGGGGCAUAGCCACAGUCAAAGAGGAUGCAGUGGAAAUGCUGGCCAGCUACGGCCUGGCCUACUCCCUGAUGAAGUUCUUCACCGGACCCAUGAGCGACUUCAAGAAUGUGGGCUUGGUGUUCGUCAACAGCAAGCGGGACCGGAGGAAGGCCGUGUUCUGCAUGGUGACGGCCGGGAUCAUCGCGUUCGUGCUGCACAUCUUGAUAGCGUACACAGAUUUGGGAUACUACAUUAUUAAUAAGCUCCACCAUGUGGACGAUUCUGUGGGGCACAAGACGAGAAGGGCCUUCCUGUACCUGGCUGCGUUCCCUUUGCUGGAUGCGAUGGCUUGGAUUCACGCGGGGAUCCUUCUCAAGCACAAGUACAGCGUCAUCGUGGGCUCGGCCUCCAUCUCCGACGUCGUGGCCCAGAUCGUCUUUGUGGCCAUUCUCCUCCACAGCAACCUGGAGUGCGUGGAGCCUCUGCUCAUUCCGAUCCUCUCCCUGUACAUGGGCGCCCUGGUCCGCUUCACCAUCGUCGGGCUGGGUUACUUCUGCAAUAUCCACGACAACAUCCCAGACUCCAGUGGGCUCGACGUGGGCGGCGACGCCACCAUCAAAAAGAUGCUGAGUUUCUGGUGGCCCCUGGCCCUCAUCCUGGCCACUCAGCGCAUCAGCCGACCCAUCGUCAACCUCUUUGUGUCUCGUGACCUCAAGGGCACCAGUGAUGCCACAGAGGCCGUAGCUGUGCUCACAGCCACAUACCCUGUAGGUCACAUGCCCUACGGUUGGUUAACUGAGCUGAGAGCAGUGUACCCUGCCUUUGAUAAGAACAAUCCCAGCAACAAGAUGAACGCCAACAGCCCUGUCACCAAGUCCAAUAUUAAAAAGUUUACCUUCUGCUGUCUGGUGCUGUCGCUCACGCUUUGCUUUGUGGUGUUUUGGACUCCUCAUGUGUCCGAGAAGAUCCUGGUUGAUGUCAUUGGGGUGGACUAUGCUUUCGCUGAGCUGUGUGUGGUCCCGCUCAGAAUAUUCUCCUUUUUUCCGCUGCCAGUGACUGUUCGGGCUCAUCUGACUGGAUGGCUCAUGACCCUGAAAAAGACCUUUGUGCUGGCCCCCAGCUCGGUUCUCCGGAUCAUUGUCCUCAUCACCAGUCUAGUUGUGCUGCCUUAUAUGGGGGUUCACGGGGCCACGCUCGGCGUUGGAUCCCUCUUGGCCGGCUUCAUAGGGGAGUCGACAAUGGUUGCCAUAGCAGCCUGCUAUGUUUAUCGACAACAGAAAAACAACGAGAUGUCCAAUGAGCUGGUGGUGGAGGGCGAGGACUCGGCCCCAAUGAGCGAGGUGUGCUCCAGGACUCAGAUGGACGCCAUCGAGGAGCUCCAGGAGGAGGAAGAGGAGGAGGAACAGGAGUGAGCUCAGGCUGCAGGGGAAGGUAAAGCCGACCUCAACUUGGAACUUUUCUGAAGAGGAGACGGCCGGAUGUUAGGAGAGAGGACCCGAGCAUGGUUUGGUUUCAGAGGUUCUCCCAACAGAACCGAGCUCUUCUUCACGUCAACCUGCACACUUAUUUAAACGCACACUGUAAAGAAAGCCAUGCACCUCCAAGUGUUAAUCAUCAGUGUAAAUACCGUUAUGUCUUCCGACCUUUUCAACAAUUCCUAUAGUUUGGCAUCAUUAACCAUUUUCUUGUGUUUACUGGUAAACAAGGGAAACCGACACAGGAGAAAUCGUCCUCCUCAGCGGCAAGAAUGAAACGUCUGUCGAGUGGUAGUGGAGUUGCCAAAAAUACAGAGUUCAUCAUUAUUUUAUGUUAUUUUAUCAAAAAUAAGUGGCAAGGCCGUGCUUGAAUUCAAAUAUAGACAUGUUGUGGGACUUGUUGGGUUGUGCAAUCGUAUUUUACAUACCAUGGUGUACAGAUUAUUGUUGUUUUAUAUAGGUAAUGCAUUGUGUAUAUUUAAUUGCCCAGAGGGGUCAGGAAUCCCUCGUUAUAUCACUGCGUGUUAAAGAAUACAGUUAUGAUUGUUCACUUUCCAUGCAGUCUGAGAGUCCAUCAACUUUUGUUUUGCCAAGCAGUUUCCUGGUAGUAUUCAGACUGUCAUAUGUACUGUACAUACUGUAUAGGCAUUCUUAUUUGGCAAAUAAAUUGCUUUAUUAUUAA